AUGUUGGUACCCCGGUGGAUCACGACAUACUGGGCCUCUUGGGCUAUUUGUAUGUUGGCAUGGAUCCUGGAAACCGGUGGUGAGACCACACUACAACAACAACAACAGCCAAUAUGUCUCGCGAGGGAUUGGAGAGAAGCCGAAGCCAGCGUUUUGCAGUGGCCGACCUGCAUCGAGACGCAAUGGGAUCGCAGGAGGAACGGUGAACUACUCGCGCCAACGCCGACACCGCAAAAUCAGGAUCCUGCAAAAGUCACACCAGAAUCGGGUUCGGCCACAGUGUCGGUGGAGACAGGCUCAGCGGUAUCACCACCAGGGCGAGAAACAGAGCAGGAACUCGACACCGACUCGCCACUCGAUAACGUGAACUUUCUCUCCUUCGAAGACUGGAAAAAACAAAAUCUGGCCAAGGCAGGGCAGUCGGCGGAGAAUAUCGGUGGGAACCGGCGGGCUGGGACCGCUGAGAAGGACCGACGAAUGCCGACGGGGAUAAAUAAUGCACUGGAUUCUCUUGGAGAUGAUGCAGAGAUUGAACUUGAUUUUGUCGGGUUCGGGACUGAUGCGUCGGAGGCUGCGAAGACUGCUUCAGCCUGGGGGACGCAAGUCCAUUCGGGCGCAGGUGAUGGCGCGCCAAUACCUUCAGAUACGGCCCGUCAAGUAGGCGUUGAUGUGUCAGAACAGGGCGUCCCUCAUGCGGCCGGUGAGCGCUCGAAGGAUGCUGGAACUACCUGCAAGGAGCGGUUCAACUACGCGUCCUUUGACUGUGCUGCGACAGUACUGAAGACGAAUCCCCAGGCACAAGGGUCGUCAUCUGUAUUGAUCGAGAACAAAGACAGCUACAUGCUGAAUGAGUGUCGUGCUGAUAAUAAAUUCCUGAUUCUGGAGAUGUGCGAUGACAUCUUGGUCGACACUGUCGUCCUCGCCAACUACGAAUUCUUCAGCUCGAUUUUCCAUACUUUUCGGGUCAGUGUCGCGGACCGGUACCCUGCGAAGCCGGACCAGUGGAAAGAACUGGGGAUUUACGAAGCGAGGAAUACUCGUGAGAUCCAAGCUUUCGCUGUUGAGAACCCACUCAUUUGGGCGCGUUAUCUAAGGAUCGAGUUUCUAACGCAUUACGGCAACGAGUUUUACUGCCCGCUGAGUCUUAUCCGCGUUCAUGGGACGACAAUGUUGGAGGAGUAUAAACAUGAUGGAGAAGCUAGAGCGGAGGAAGACGUGUCACAAGAGCUCCUGGAGCUGGCCCAGAAGCCACAGAAUGCUUUGGAGACUGACACGCCGCCGCCUGAAUCACCCAAUGCCCUCGCGGAUGCUGCUGAAAAGCACACUCCCAAAACCUGUCCGAAUCCUGCGACACCAGUUGAACUGAUGUUACUGGGUUUGGCUGAUUUACACACGUCUGAUAUCCAGGAUUCUCCGAAAGAAGCUCCCGCAUCUGAGGGCAGCAUUGCUCCGACCUCCGGCCAAGUCGCGCCGAGUAGUCCAGCGACCCCUCCGGCUGGUGACAGUGCCAGUGCAGUCCCAUCUGAUACUGGGGAUUCUAAAGACCAAGGCGCCCCCGGUACAAGUACCCAAGCCUCCAUGAAUACUACCUCUACUGCUGUUUCAUCAGAUGCAGCCCCUCAAAAUGCGACCUCUGAUGUGGAUACCCGCUCUACUGGUGCCUCCAAAGACGAACAGAGCGCCGAGUCGACGCGAGUAAGUACAACGCAGCCGCCGUCGGCCAACCCAACGACGCAGGAGUCCUUCUUCAAAUCGGUCAACAAGCGUUUGCAAAUGCUGGAGACAAAUUCAAGUCUGUCCUUACAAUACAUUGAGGAGCAGUCUCGGAUCCUGCGUGAUGCAUUUAACAAAGUCGAAAAACGACAGCUAUCUAAGACAUCUACGUUCCUGGAGAACCUGAAUGUCACGGUGGUGAAUGAACUGAAGCAGUUCCGUGAGCAAUACGACCAUGCAUGGAGGAGCGUGGCGCUGGAGUUCGAGCACCAACGAAUCCAGUACCACACCGAGAUUCACUCACUGAGCACUCAGUUAGGGGUGCUCGCAGAUGAGCUGGUGUUCCAGAAGCGGGUAGCCGUGGUCCAGAGCAUCGUGGUGCUUCUCUGUUUCGGCCUUGUGCUCUUUACUCAUGGCGCAGCCGGCGGCUACAUUGACCUUCCACGCGUCCAGAACAUGGUUUCCCGCUCAUACAGUCUACGAUCGUCCUCCCCUAUGUUUGGAUUUAGGUCGCUACCGGGAAGCCCGGGUUCGACCCGUCCCACAUCAUCCUACCACACGACGGGUCACCGUCGGCAGAUCUCAGAUGAGUCACAGGGCGGGUCAUUCAACCCAGCCGUUGCAUAUGCACCUCCCACUCCAACUUCGGAUGAUGACUCCGGAUUGGGUCAGGAUGUGCGCGGGCCUAGCCCGUCAGUGUCGGCAGAUCCUCGGUCUGUAUCGGAUGUUGUGCUCCCUUUGCUCAGAUCUAACAGUAGCCCGCCAGAUUUGAAUGGGGAGAAUGAAGGAGAUGGCGAGGGAAAGUCUGAUAGCCUGGAAUCUGACUCGGAAUGUUCUAGCUCUGGGUUAUGA